ACCUAACAAUAAUAUGCGAUAAUGCGAAGAUAACAAUUAACAAGUGAUAAACCGAGUACUUGGGACUUGAGUAAAUAUUUGAAAAUUUAAGAUUUGUUUCAGGAGGCCCAUCGGCACCACAAUGGAGAACGCGUGGAAAACUAAAAUUCCAGAGUUCAGGCCGGAAGAUAAUCCUCACGGGCUGUUAGAGGAAAGUGCGUUCGCCACAUUAUUUCCCAAGUACCGUGAAACAUACCUGAAAGAAUGUUGGCCGUUAGUACAAAACUCCUUGUCCAAAUAUCACAUCAAGGCUGACCUGGACUUACUAGAAGGCAGUAUGAGUGUACGCACCACACGCAAAACAUGGGAUCCAGCAUCGAUAUUGAAAGCACGAGAUUUAAUCAAACUGUUGUCAAGGAGUGUUCCUUACGAGCAUGCUGUUCGCGUAAUGGAAGAUGAUAUGGCUGCUGACAUCAUCAAGAUCGGCUCAAUGGUAAGAAAUCGUGAUAAAUUUGUAAAACGGAGACAAAGACUCAUCGGUCCAGGAGGUUGUACGCUGAAGUCUGUUGAAUUGUUGACAAACUGUUACGUGCUUGUACAAGGACAAACUGUAGCUGCUUUGGGACCCUUCAAAGGACUACAACAGGUAUACAAAAAUUGAUUUAAUUAACUAUCAGCUGGG